AUGUCUUCAUACUCCACCGUUAAAGCUGCCAACUGGAGAUUCGUUGAGUUAGGACGUGUUGUCUUGAUUGACAACAAGGACUUAGCCACCAUCGUCGAAAUUAUCGAUCAAAAGAGAGUUUUGAUUGAUGGACCAAAAAUCCAAAGACAAGCUAUUGCCUUAGCUAAGGUUGUCUUGACUCCUAUUGUCGUACCAAACUUAUCAAGAGGUGCCAGAACCGGUACUGUCGAAAAGAAGUGGGCUGCUGCCGAAGUUGACUCUAAAUGGGCUGCCACUGCCUGGGCUAAGAAGUUAGCUGCUAAGGAAAGAAGAUCACAAUUAACCGACUUUGAAAGAUUCCAAGUUUUAGUAUUAAAGAAACAAAGAAGAUUUGCUGUUAGAAAGGCUGUUGCCAAGGCUUAA